AUGCCUGGCUGCUCCAAGCGUAAACAACUGCAAUGCCACGUGCAAAACGUCCUCGUGACGAGGGAGGCUUCAGCCCUGAUACGAGAUGUGCUGAGCGACGAACAAUCUGAUGAAGACGAUCUGGACGAGUUUUGGGAGCACAAGAAUGAGCACAUCUUGGGCACUCGUUUUCCACACGGCCGUCUCACUACCAGAAGUGAAAAAAUCGCUGGCACAAGCUACUUUACAAUCGCGAGCACACGUCUGACACGAACUUCUUGA